ACGGCUCCGAUCUUCGAGACCAGCGUAACUCCAUUGGUCGUGGCACCACUUGAACAACGAUCUGAAUCCAUCUUCUCACUGAAUCGACCUGGAAACUCGAUUCCAGUUUUUUUUUCUCUCUCGCUUGCUUCAGAUCUUUUUUUUUUGUUCAGCGGAAUUUUGUUGCCGAAAUCGGCUUGAGAUUCGUAACCUCUGAAGCUGCUGCUGUUUCGAAUCCGAUCAACGACGUUCCCUGAUCCGACUCGCCGGUGCAUGGAAGUUCCUCCGUCGAUUUGAUCCGCCGAGGAUUGCGCAGAAAGUUCCUCGAGUUUGAUCAUUAAUGGCGUCUUGGCUCAAAGCUGCUGAAGAUUUGUUUGAGGUUGUGGAUCGAAGGGCAAAGUUAGUGGUUGGAGAGCUGUCAGAAGAACAAUCUGAAUCGCAGUUGCCAGCUUCCAGUGGGAAAGGAUCUCAAGGAAAGAGAUCAAGGUCAAAGACAAAGGGUCGACAGAAGCUUUUGACAGAUAAGUCUUCUAAAACAAGUGAUUCUGCUGGUAAUGCAUCUGUCUCAGAGGUAUCAGGGUUAGAUGCAAAUCCAUCUGAAGUUUCUGUAUCCACUGAAGGACCCUCUUCAUCCGAUUCUGUCUCUAAGACAACAAGACAGCAUAAACAGACUGAUGCGGAUGUUCACAGCAUUCCUCCGCUGGCAGAAUCAGUGGCAGAUAUAAAAAGUGAUGCUGAUGCUACAAUUGCUCCACUGACCGUUGCGGAUGGGAAUGCUACUGAGGAUGCUACUUCAUCAACAUCAAAUGUCAAAUUUGUUGAUGGAGAUGUUCCAAAUGAUUCCUUGUCCUAUCAGCCACCAACUCCACUGGAUAGAGAAAUCGAGGUUGCUGGAGAUGAGCAUUUAGGUGAUACUCCCCAGUGUAGCAAACCAGGAGAGAUAGAUGGUUCUUCAAAAAGUGAUGUGGAGACAUCGAAACCUGCAUUGCAUGUUUCUCCUUUAGAUGAUGAGAAGGUGGUUCAAAGUAAAGAUGCUGAAGAUAAAUCUGAUACCUCCAAAAACCUGGAGAAAGAGCACAAACAGAAAACCAAUACUUCCCCCAUGAAAAUUCAAGAUCAGCUUGAAGAGGCUCAAGGGUUGCUGAAGACUGCGGUUUCUACUGGGCAGUCAAAAGAAGCCAGGUUAGCAAGGGUUUGUGCUGGACUUUCAUCCCGUCUCCAAGAAUAUAAAGCAGAAAAUGCACAGUUGGAAGAGCUUCUCACUGCAGAGCAAGAGCUUACCAAGUCAUAUGAAGCUCACAUUAAGCAGUUGCAAAGAGAUUUGUCUGCAUCUAAAAGUGAAGUGACUAAGGUAGAGUCCAGCAUGAGUGAAGCAUUAGCAGCGAAAAACUCAGAAAUAGAGGCACUUGUCAUUGCAAUGGAUUCCCUAAAAAAACAAGCUGCUUUAACUGAAGGAAACUUGGCUUCACUUCAGGAAGACAUGGAUUCUAUCAUGAGAAACAGGGAAUUGACGGAGACAAGGAUGAUGCAGGCAUUGCGUGAGGAGCUUUCUACUGCUGAAAGGAGAGCAGAAGAGGAGCGAGCUGCACAUAACGCCACCAAGAAGGCUGCCAUGGAAAGGGAAGUGGAACUGGAACACAGGGCUUUGGAAGCAUCUACAGCUCUUGCUAGAAUCCAGAGAAUUGCAGAUGAGAGGACAUCGAAGGUGGCAGAACUUGAGCAGAAGGUUGCAUUGCUUGAGGUUGAGUGUUCAUCUUUGAAUCAAGAGCUGCAAGAUAUGGAAGCUCGCACCCGUCGAGGACAAAAAAAAUCUCCAGAAGAAGCAAAUCAAGUGAUACAGGUGCAGGCAUGGCAGGAAGAAGUAGAGCGUGCCCGGCAAGGUCAAAGAGAUGCCGAGGAGAAGCUUUCUUCAAUGGAGGCUGAAAUGCAAAAGUUGAGGGUCGAAAUGGCAGCCAUGAAGAGGGAUGCAGAACACUACUCACGUCAGGAGCAUAUAGAGCUGGAGAAACGCUACCGUGAACUGACUGAUCUACUGUAUUACAAGCAAACACAACUAGAGACUAUAACGAGCGAGAAGGCUGCAGCUGAGUUCCAGUUGGAGAAGGAGAUGAAGCGCCAACAAGAAGCACAGGUAGAGGCAGAAAGAAGCAGAGUUUCACGCCGUACAUCUGCAACUUGGGAAGAAGAUGCCGAGAUCAAGGCACUCGAGCCUCUUCCAUUGUAUCACCGACACAUGGCUACAGCAACCGUACAGUUGCAGAAGGCAGCUAAGCUAUUAGACUCGGGAGCUGUAAGGGCAACGAGGUUCCUUUGGCGGUACCCAACAGCUCGAGUUAUCCUUCUUUUCUAUCUUGUGUUUGUCCAUCUCUUCUUGAUGUAUCUGUUGCACCGGCUUCAGGAACAAGCCGACGGCUUAGCAGCUCUAGAAGUUGCACAAUCAAUGGGACUGGCCACCAACCCUAUCAGACCAUAAUAACCAAAGCUAAAGAAGUUGGCUUUCAAUGUAUUUGACAAAGAGAGUGAAAGGAGAAGGGCUUUGGCUCUUGGAUUUUUCAUUUUUAAUAUAGAGAAAUAACUGAUUGCUGAUAUUAAAACAUGUGGUGGCUUCUUUCUGAGGCUUUGUUCUUCUUAGAGCUGCUUUCAAAUGAAAUUUACAGUUUCCCUUA